UCUCUGAUUCGCAAACUAACACAUUCGCUUCAUCAAACGAGAUAGAGAAGCCGUCAAUCAUUCCCAGAGAUGUUUUUAGUUCCAUUUGGGAAGAGAAUAUCUGCUUUCUUCAAGACAAAAAUAUUUUCGAUCCAGGAUAUUUUCGACUAAUGUGGCAUGUGUUCAAUUCUGUCAGGCUUGAUGAAACCCCAACUAUUAUAGUAAAUGGUCAAGAAAUCGAUUUAACUCUCCGUUCGAUACAACUUGGGACAGAAUUUAUUCUUGGGACACUUGCACGUGCAAAGGAAAACAAUAAUCUUUCAUCUUGGCUUGAAAUGCUAAAAACACGAUUUCAAACGCAUUUACCUGCGUGCCAAUGGUUCAUUAACAGGAUCAUCGAACAUAGUCCAAAUUAUUUGCAACAAAUCCUUAUGUCAUGCUAUGUGCAAGAUGUUAGGGAGCAAAUAGUUGACUUAAUAAUUUUUGUUCUAAAAACACUUCGUAAUGGCAAUUUGGAAGCUUAUGGUUUGGAGGUUAUCAUUGAUGACAUUGACAUUUCUGAUUCAACUAUGAAUGUUGACUUGACUCAUGCUCAAGUGUACCGCUAUAAUGACAUGAUUGUCAGACUAUGUGAAGCGUUAUUUAGUUUACUUCCAAAUGCAUAUUUAUGGUGGCGAAAUUUCGAACAAUACUUCUACUUACUUUCUUAUAUAGCUUCAUCCGGUGUACCUGAGCGUGUUUAUAUGGUUAAACGUGGAUUUGUUGGAGAGCUGAUUCAAUUGUUCCUUAUGGAUGAAUUAUCGCCUUUAAAGUCACGUAAACGAAGAAUGGGUGAUAAAUUUUCACUACCACCUUUCCGAUAUUUAUUGACUACAUUACGUACAUUGCUAUUAGAAUGUAGCAUUGAACCUGAACACAACAUUUCAUUAAUAUCACGAACCCAAAGAAUUCCAGCUCCUUUAAAAUUGAGUGAUCGUGAAAUUGGAUUGAUCUUUGAGCGACACGAGCAAGAGGAAUAUUUCUUGUUUUUCAUGAAACAAAUCCGUGAUGGUGUUGAUAGCGAAGCAUCUCGUGAUAUAUUUAAUCAUUUUGCAACUAAUAAUCAAGCUUUAUCAGAUGAGCUUAUAAACCAAUUAAUUCGCGCUGCUGAUUCUUAUAACGCAGAAUAUGUUCGACCUCAUUUAGAAAUCUUAUAUUCGAUGGCUCAGAUUCAAGAUCAGUUUUCAAAUCGCAGGAUUGAACACAUAGUUCAAGAAGUAUUCAAGCUUGCGAAAACAAAUCAAUCGAUACCACAAUUCAGCUCUGAGUGCCUUGGGUUAAUUGAAGCUCUCUGUACUUCUACAGUUGGUGUUUAUGUCCAACAUAUGCUUAUAACGCACUCGCAUCAAUGGAUGCCGGAAUAUUUACUCAAUGCAUAUGACGCUAUCCGGCAGCGUGCUGAAGAACUUGCUAAUAUUUUAAUUUUUCGCAAAUUGGAUGAGGCUAAUGAUGAACAGGCCUUGUAUGAAGCAACUUUAUGCAUGAGAAAGCAAUACGGAAUGCUACUUAAAAUUAUGGAUAAUGUAGAGUUUUGUUGGAGGCAAACUUAUCCUCGACGAGGCGCCGAUCCUUUUGGAUGGAGACUUAUUAUUCGUCCUUAUAUGGAAAAAUUGGGCACAAUCUUUAUUCAUGUGGAUCAAGUUAGAAUUGAUUCCGAUAUUGAUAAAAAGGAAUUAAUUACAUUUUGGCACGCUGUAUGCGAAGAUUAUCCUGAAAAU